AUGAAGGAGGAGCUUUAUCUGUUCAGCUGUUCAGGGCACGGAGGAGUCCAGUCAGUCCAAGUCCACCACCAGGUGGCAGCAGGAACAGUACAACAGUUCAGGGCCUGUCAGCCUCAGCAGCCCUCCACUACCCCAGCAGUGGGCUGUCUAGUCAGCCUACAGGACAGCUUCCAGUCAGCCUGUGGUGAUACCAGUGGCGGCCAUAUAGAGCCACAGAGGAUUCUCCAGGCCAACAGGAGGAUCCAGCUGCUGUCUCAGCUGUGGGAAGAAGGGGGGUGGCAGGAUGUUAACAUCAGUUGUGUGAGGAUGUGUAAGGACCUGUCUGCCCAGGCUAGCUUCUCUCUGGAUAUGGAGCUGGAGAUGCAGAGACAAAGGGCAGUGAAAAGGAGCCUGUCCGCCAUCCAUGACCAAGGUGAGUCCAUGGCCAUCUCAAUGUCCAUGCACAACCAAACAGCAGACUUCCCAAUGUUGGACCAGGAGUACUAUAGUUAAAUAGAUAAACACUCCAAACAGCCUACCCCACCGCUCGGAGGCGUCCGCAUGGUCCUAAAGCACCGUUGGCCCAUUUGUAUCACAUUCCAAUGAUACAACUGUGCCUUUGUGCCCUUGUGUAACAACACCACCAACACCAGCAUCAACACCAGCCAGUCAGCGGAGCCGCACUGUGACGACUCACUAUCACUCGUGGUCACCAGGGGAAGCACUGAGCAGCCCAGCGGAGCAGAGGAGGCGGAGCCACCUGGAGGCAGUAUGGCGUCUUCCUGCGCAGAAGACUGCAGCGAGUACUGUGAUUGGACUUAUGACAACUGCCCCGGCAUCCUGGCUAAUGAGGAGGAGGCCUCGAGGUACGAGCCAGAGAAUGACAACGUUGCCUAUCACAGCAUUAUGGAAGAGGUUGGGAGUAUUCUCAUGUAUAAAGCACGUAAUGAGGGUACACCUGAUUCAAACGAGACAAGGCCAAACCAAGAUGGAUUAGUCCGGUUGGUCCCGAGAGAGUCUCAGUGCACACCAGACUCAGAAAAAAGAGGAGCAGUCCAUCUAUGCACUGGUGGGGCACCGGCGGCCGUCAUGACGCCCGCACAGUACGGGAAUGAUGUGUCUGUCUGCUCUCCCGUCAACCUCAACCAGACGUUUGAUCUCUCGCCUUCACGCGUCACAGAAGCUAGACAGAGCACAGCCGACCAUUCAACAAAUACUUCACCCAAGGUCACCAAAUAUGACGUCUUGGUCUGUAUUGACCACAGUCUAACAGGCUGCAACCAGGGCACACAAACGCAGGGCACAACUACUACUGACAAGUGUGUCAUCACUGAGGUCCACAUGACAGACCUGAUGUACAGUACAGUUAACAGUCCUCCAGUCACGUUUACAGUGGUCAUUCAGAUGUAUUUUUUAAUGAAACACAAUGAUUUCUUCAAUAUGUAAAUGUCUUUCUUUUAGGAAUUCAUCUAGAUGAAAUUUGCUCAAGAAGAACUGAAAGAGCUGAAAGAGAAAAUGGCAAGGUAUUUUAGAGUUAGAGGAUCUCACAAAAUCACUUUUCAUUCUGUUAUUUCUGUUAUACCUCCAUUGCUGCUUUUUUUUCAUGAAAAUCGCCAUGGUUCUAUUCUCCUGCCUGUAUCAGCUCUGCAGACGGUGUGAGUGUGAGAGAUGGAGGAGGCUGCGGUGACUGGGACCGUGGUCAAUGUGACUGUGCCCAGCGUGUCACACAGGCAGAGCUGAGCCUGCUGACCCUGCAGUAUGGGAUCUGCCAACAGCAAUGCUGGAGGCGUUACAACACCUCACCCGAGGGAGACCGUCUGGUCCAGGAGUAAGAGAUGGAACAGGAGAGGAGAUAGGGCAGUUUGGCACCUUACAAUAAAAUGUUAUUUGUCACAUGCAUGGUAAACAACAGGUGGAGACUAACAGUGAAAUGCUUACUUACGGACCCUUCCCAACAAUGCAGAGAGAAAAAACAGAGAAAUAAUAGAAAAGUAAAACAUGUAAUAAUAAAAGUAAUAAAUACACAAUGAGUAACGAUAACCUCUGGUACCCCUCCUUCCUCUCAGUACAUUUAGGUAUGUACUAUGCAAUCAGAUAAUUGACAAGUCUUUGGGAAAUGCUCUGUCUGGGUAAGUAUGUUAAUUAAUUAAAGAAUGAAUGGAUGAAUGAAUGGAGUUGGCUGUUGUUUAAAUGUUUUUCUUUCUAUCCUCCAGUGCCUCAGAUAGGAGAUCCCAGCAGUUGCAGGUAGAGGAUAUUCGCGUAGAGGACGUCAGCGUAGGUGGUGAAGAAGAGGGAGAGUUAAACAGACUGGUGUCCCAGUCUCUUUCAUCGGUCCUUGGACAGGAUGAUGGGAUGGUUGGCCAGGAGGGUCCACCCCAAGGCAGAAGGUCCAGUUGUCCACCCGAAAAACUUGGGAAGCAGGUCUGGGAAGGCAGUCAUCCUCCUCCCCCAGCAGCCUGUGGCCAACCGCGGGGCCAGGCUAGGUAAUGAGACCUAUUCAUUCAUUCAUCCAUCCAUGGACAUGUUGAAUGAAUAAACAUGCAAUGCGUUGCACUACAGUGUUCUACAGUGUUCUCAGAGCUGGUUCAGAUCCACCUGGAUUGACUAACUCUCACACUCAACAGGUGGAACCAAAGACCACAACUCCAGCGAGGCAUGGUAUGAGGCAGAGGAGGACAUUGGGCCUGAAGGUGGGGUGCUGAAGGAAGGAGGUCUGGCUGUGGUCAUGGAGGAGGGAGAAAAUGGCAAGUAUUGGGUAGUGGAAAAAGCUGCAUAA